AUGCUCCAAGAGGCGGCCAGCGCUCCAGCCCCCGCCGAGUCGUGGCUCGGACCCGUCGCGCCGCGGUCCUUCCGACGCCUCGCGCUCUACUACGUGCUGAGCUGGAUGUUUGCGGCGGCGUUCUGGCUCGGGCUCCUGCUCGCACUCGGGCUCGUCUUCAUGACGUCGCCCGUCCUGCUCGCGUACCGCGGCCCCUUGCGCCGGCGCCGCGUGCUGUACAAAGCGGUCGCGCUUCUGUGGGAGCAUGACAUUGCGAUCGCCAACAUGGUGCUGGCCACGCCGCUCCGGCCCAUCUCGCACUGGGACCUCUACUGCGAGUCCAUCGCGUCGUCCGUUGCCUACUUUGCGCUCUGGAAGGGCCUCUGCGUGUGGCUCCUCGCGACGACGCCGGUCCUGCUGUUGGCGCUGGACGUGCAAACGCUGCCGCCGCUGCGCACAGACCUCCAACUCUUCCUUGACGACCCGCACCCACUCGUGUACCGCGCCGGCGUCCUCGCCUACUGCGCCCUCGGCUUGUACGUCUGCGAUCUCCUCGCAAGCGCAAUGGUCGUCGUGACAUCCAAGGUCUAUGGCCGCGUCUUUGAGGCCGCCGAGGCCUUCCAGCACGACCUCAGCACGGUCACGAUCGAAGCACCCGUGCUGCCAUCGACGGCGCUCACAACAUAUUCGCAGCGGUCCCAGACGCAGCAGGCGCGAUGCGAUACAGAAGCCACGCCAAGCAAAACGCUGCAUUGGUCACUGCCGCCGUCUGCACCCACACCGCCUGCUUUCGACAAAGCGUGGCCGCCGCACAGCGUGCAGGACGACGAAACCAACGAUCACGAGGCCGACGUCGUGCAGGAUUUUGCCAAGCCCCCGCGGCGCCGCCUCAACAUUGGCCGCAUCCUCGCCACAUCGGCCAUGCCACCCUCACCACCCUCGACUACGUACGACCGGCUCAGUCCGGCCGUCGUGCGCGCCGCUCGUCCGUACGAUCCGCUCUCGCCGCCCGCAGAGCUCAGUCGCGAGGCGCGGCAGGGCGUGUUUCGUGCGUUGCCAACGACCCCGUCGGCCGCCGACGUUCAUUUUGCCGCGUACGGGCCGCUCUGUGUUGGGCUUGCGCCGUUUUCGCUCGACGUGUGGGCCUUUGCGUCGCAGCAGCGCGACGACGUGCAUGUGGAAGCCACGACCGAGAGCUGCCGGGCGCUGUCGCGUGAAGUGCUCCUGUCGCGCGUCACCCGCGGCACGCUCGUGCACGUGUCAUUGGAUGCGCUGCCCGAGGGCUUUGCGCUCCUGAGCGAGACGGCGUCGCACACAUUUGUAUGGCACGGGGACAUGGAGCACGUGUCGUUUCCACUGCAAGCGACAGCACCGCAGACUGGCCAUGUCCUCUUUACGUGCACCAUCAUCAUAGGCCAUCGCGUCAAGACGCUUCGGACGUACAUCUUGUCGCACCCGAGCCACGGUGAUGACGAAGCCAACGUUCAGCUGCUAGAAAGCACGAUGGAAGUGCAGGAGGCGGGUGGGUACAUGGAAAUCGCCUACACCGACCUCAAGAUCAAGGAACUCGUGGGUGCCGGGGCCAGCGGCGAUGCGUACCGCGCCUCGUACCGUGGGCAAGAGGUCGUCGUCAAGAUGCUCCGACAGAGUGCGUUUGGGGACAAGCAAGACGCGAUCGUGCAAGAGUUCCAGCACGAAGCCGCUGUCCUCGACAAGUUUGGCAAGCACCCGCGCAUCGUGCCAUUCAUUGGCGCGUGCAGCGACCCGGCGUUCCCGCUGAGCCUCGUCACGGCCUACGUGCCGCACGGUAGCCUCGAGGCGCACCGCAGCCACCUCUCCUCUCUCCAGAAGGACCUUGUACUCGCCGAUAUGGCGGCGGCGACAGCCACGAUCCACGCUGCGGGGUUUGUCCACCGCGACUUGGCGGCCCGCAACUGCCUCGUCGACAGCGCCCAGCGCGGCGUGCUCGCCGACUUUGGUCUCUGUCGCCGCGUGAGCUCUCUGGGCGGCGCGUUUGUGCAAGAAGGCGUCGGCCCGCUCAAGUACAUGGCGCCCGAGACGCUGACGCCGCCGUAUACCUUUACGCCCCGCUCGGACGCUUUCGCCUUUGGGGUCAUGAUUUGGGAGACGCUCACGGAGGCGAGUCCGUUCGCGUCGAUCUCGCCGCUCCAAGCGGCCGUCCGCGUCCUCGAAGGCGAGCGGCUCCCGACAUUCGACCUGCGACCGCGCCACCAAGCGCUCUUGCAAGCCUGCUUUGAGGCCGACCCGAUGCGUCGCCCGAGCAUGGAGGAGAUCUACGCGGUCCUCCUCGAGCCCGACGCGUCGCCGAGCGCGGGCGCACUCGAGUCGCCGAUCAUGGUGCGCCGGACAGCCCGCGCCGCGGCCGUCUGA